GGCUACAACACUGUUUGCAACUAAUCCAGUAUAAAUACGCUACUUGGCUCAGUUCGAUUUCCAUCAACACAGCAGAAUCCACUCUCAGAACAAAUUCCAAUUCCAAUGGCAGCAAACCAGGGACAAUAUUCAUUUCUCAGAGAUGUUGAUCACACCAAGACUACUUGGGCAGUCAGAGUGAAGGUGGUGAGAGCUUACGAAAUGCCACCUCAGUCCAGGGGAGGACAGAGGAUGGAGUUGGUUUUCAUAGACUCUCAGGGAGACAAAAUCCACGGUCUGAUAAAGAGGCCUCAGCUACGGAUGUUUAGGUCCAAGAUUGUAGAAAACGGGGUUUAUGCAAUUAGGGAUUUCUUGGUGAUGGAUAACUACUACACUUACAAAGCCACAAACCAUGCCUAUUUGAUUGAAUUUUAUGGCAAAACAAUAAUCAAGGAUAUUAAUCCAGAUAUUGUGCCAAACACUGUGUUUGACUUUCAACCAUUUGAGGUUCUACAAACCUUGAGGGUUGUUGAUGAUAAACAACUAAUUGAUGUGAUUGGAAAGGUGGCUGGCAAAUGUACAGCUCAAAACCUUAUUAUCAAUGGCCGGGGAGAGAGGCUGAUGGAGCUCGCCCUUGAAGACGCGGAAGGAAACCGGCUGGGAUGUACACUAUGGAACAGCUACAUUGAUAACUUUCUGAACUACUACGAAAAUCACAAAGAGGAGGGAAUUUUUGUGAUUGUCCAGAUGUGCAGGGCAAGGCGGUACAAAGGCACCAUAUCAGUUGGUACAUCAUAUGACGCUAGCAAACUAAUAAUCAACGGAAACACAAGUGAGCUGGUGGACUUCAUGGGACAAUUCCCAGCGGAAGAGAGGGACAACGGCACUUUGACUACUUUCACAGCUAAUUCUCAAGUUGAAAGUCGUGAAUAUAUUCUUGGAGGAAAUUUGUCUAUCACAACCAUUGCUGAUUUGGUUAAGAAAACUGAGGAAGGAGUGUACUGGAUACUUGGGGAUGUGGUCUCAAUUGAAAACUUUAGAGAAUGGUGUUACUUGAGUUGCAACACUUGCAACAAAAAACUGCAAGCAGAUGACGAAAGAUUUGUGUGUCUAAAUUGCAACUUAACACUUCCAGACGGAAUCCUUAGGUACAAAGUUACAGUGUGCGUGAUGGAUGAUUCCGGUCAUUCAUCAUUCACACUAUGGGACAGGGAAUGUCUAGACAUGCUGGGCAAAACAGCAGCGGACCUGAGGAACGAAGUUGAGCUGAGGACUGGAGACCCAAUGCAUUUUCCUGAAGACAUUGAAUCUAUUAUAGAAAAAAGAGGACUGUUUAAAGUCCAGCUAAAAAACAAGGCUGAGAGUAGUUCUUACAAAGGGCCUAUCUCCUAUGGUGUGAUCACAAUGAUUAGGGAUGACGAAGUCUUGAAAGUGUAUGAAAAUCCAAAUGAGAAUGGGAAGGGGCUUGAAGAAAUUUCUGACAUGGAGAAGAGCGGCUCCACAGCAGACAACUUGGAGGGAACCAUACCCCAAAAGAAAUCAGUUGACAUUGUUGACCUAGAUAAGGAAGUGGAGGAUGGGGUCACACCGACACAAACUAAACGUAAAAGCAUGAGAUUACAAGAAGAGGAGACUCUGAAAAGGAACUUGAUGGGGCAGUUUUCUACUAAUGGCAAAAAGUUGAAGACCAAAAUUAAGAAGGAGCCAGAAUAGAGGCGCAGAUUAUGAUUAUGUCUUUUGAGGCUAGGAAUUGAAGACUUUAUGUUUUGCUAAAAGUAUUCACGAAAGUGAAAAACAUUUACUUUGACUUCUUUUUGCCUAAACAUUAACUCAAUGGAGUCAUCUCCAUUGGAACCUUUACCUUGGUUGUAUUGAUUCGGAUGUGUGGACUGUGGACCAUCCUAAUUUGCUGCUACGUUAUGCAUAUCUUUCUAUAUGUUAUAUCAAUUUUUUUGCAGGUGACCU